UGACUGUCACACAAUUCAAGCUUCUAAACUUUAAUUUGAAGGGCCCACCUAGUGCUCUUCAAGUUUGAAUUUUCCAUUGGCCAACAUACGAUUGACGAUGCUCGAGUACGCUGAAUCCUGUGUUCACGAACAUGGGGUCAGGAAGUGUCGGUCCCGGGCCCGAACUUCUGCAUCGCAGAAAACCAACGACUCGUCCCUUCUCUGUUUUUCUUGCCUGCUGGAUUGUCGACUGCGACAAAAAGCAUACCAGUUUCAUUAGAUUUUACUAUAUCUCACUCAGUUAAUCGUCACCAUGCUCAUUCGUCUCAUCCCAUCCGGACCAAACGGCGCCGUUCUUUACAACGUCUCCUUCCCGACCAACCUUCCCGAUUUGCCUACUCCCCUUGCGUGGUCGAACCAGCUACACCUUUUGACCUCGGUAUUGCGCCUCGAGGCUCCGCAAAGCAUUCAUGUGUUCGACCGUUCAGUCGGUCUCGUCGCCCUGAUAGUUGAAGUUAUGUUUGAUAUACCAACCAAGGAGGUCGUCGUGAGCUUCGUUGACGGGCGCAGUUUAAAGUUGCCCAUGCACUCGCAGUGCAUGCAGAUGCUUCAGGCCGUCAUUGAUGACGUUAGAGCGUGUUCCGCACAAGAAUCUCGAAGAGACAGCUUCGAAGGUGCCACCUCUGCUAGCAUCUGCAGCAGCGUUGCUAGUUCACAGGAAAUUCCUAGCACAUCCGGCGCACCCCCGAAAUCUCCGAAGUUGAGCCGGCAUAAGAAGCAGCGUUCCCUGCUGUUUUCUUUGAUCUCCUCGUUGGUACCACGUUCCUUGUCUCCGCCCCCAGCCCCUCCUCCAUCACCCACCACACCCAAUCCCUCGUCGCCGCCUCCCCUCCCGCCAAUUCCCCCUAUUAUACCCCGCAAUGCAUCAUUUUCUCCCAUCCCACAAUCUCCAAUCUCCCCUUAUAACCCCGCUUUCCCACCAUUUACGGACCCGCCGAUUCUCCGUCGCCGUGCGCGCGCCACACUUAUUGAUGCAUGGAGACGACACGUAGUCCCUGCGCUUUCGGCACACAACCAUUAUGCCGGGUACACUGAAUGGGUGCUCCGUGGUAUUGGUACCGUAGUUCGCUCCGAGGUGAGAGACAUUGAGAGAUCCUGGCAGCGCUGUGAUGCGCUUGGGCGCGGUGCAAUUCGCAAACAUGGAAGGACGCAAAGCGAGGGGAGACUUGCUCUUGACUUUGGUGGUCGCAGCUCUGAGGAACCCCACAGGCGGUGGCGCGCACCUUCACCAUUCCCCGAUGAAGCAGAGGGUGAACAUGACGAUUGUGUCGUGUAUCCUCGCCACGAACAAGCAAACGAAUGGGGCAGAAUCCGUCAUGUUCGCAACCCAAGUUCAUCCGACGAACUUGACGCGUAUGCUUUCGAGUUUAGCGUGGAGAACGGCAGCCUCUUACGCGAGAGCUUUGGCUUUGGGGCUGACGUCUUUGGUGAUGUGUGGGAUGACGACAGCCAUGUCGGUUUCGAUGAUUUUGGCACCGUGGGCCCCAGAACGGAGUUUAUCUUCGACGAUGGACAGCUCAGGUUCGACGAGGAUUUUGGAAGUGAUUACGAGGGUGACUAUGUAGUCGACACGACCCAAUCAUCUUUACGUACGCCUGAGGACGGUGAAGUGCUCCCUUUACCACUCCCAGCUACGUUACCAGCUUUGUCCGAGAAGGAUGCAUGCUUUCAGCAGCGCAGUCAUUCCGACUCCGCUCCGACGGCUGUCUCCAAAACGACUUCUUCUCGUCCUAAACUUCGUCCUAACCCCGGAUGCCCCGCUACUGUGCCAUGUACAUAUGCCAAGCCUGCGAGUCCUACCGCGGCCCCACGGAGCGACCGAUUGCCGAUGCAUCCGCAGAAAUUCUCCCCGAGUUCCCCUACCUCACCGUCACGUUUACCGAAGCGCAUGCCCAUUCCAAACAUAGAAGAACUUCUUUCCACUCGUGUUACUUUGCUUUCCCGAAUUCGAAGUGCGCUAACUCUCGUGCGUUCUCGUGCACGUGAGGAGCAUUGGGGCUUGAUGUGGUCGCGAAACCCUUCUGGGUGUGGAGUUUUGGACCUUGAGGCUGAGGGGCUGCUUGAAAUCAGGGCACGCAGGCGUGCAUGGAGUGCAGGCAUCAAGGUAUCUGCUUCUGCGCCAAUUUUGGUUUCAGCUGCUGUCCCGGGUUCCAGCCCGGGCGCGAGGGUAUGGGAUGGCUCCUGCCCGUCCGCCCCGCAUUUUCCACACCGACCUCCUGGGCUCUCACCACCUGUGACAAAGGUGAAUGGACCGAUUAUCCCCACUGGCCUUUUGUUGGGUAGACCUGUCAAGAGGUCGCCAUUAGCUAUGUACGUGUGGACCGCGGACGAUGUGCUUAAGCAAGACGCUGCUCGCAACGGCAAGUACGGAGAUAUUGGCCUCAAACGUGGCGGAGAGACGGCGGGUUUGAAGCGAGCCCUGCGCGUUUCGUUCCUCGAGAGCCCCACAAAGUUGUUUCCCGUGCACGAGGAAGGGGACGAUGAAGAGGGGUCCUCCAAGAUUGACUUCCCGCAAAGUCCUACGUCGCCGACAUCACCAACGUCACCUAUCAAAGUUACAUCAACCACCAUUCCGGACGAGAGAUUUGGUGUCAGUCAGGGAGGUACCAGUAUGACUGAUGAUCCGUUCUUCUACUCUCCCUUUCAUGCACGUGCGCGGACUACGAGCAUGUAUCCUUGCUCUCAGCCGAUACAGGAACUCCCGAUGUUUAGGCCACGGACCCCUCCUCCAUCGUAUCAGGCUGCCAUUGGAGAUGGUAACGCCGAUGAUGACGACGAUGAGUGCGAGAAUGGGACGCUCGAUACUUGCGCAUUGUUAUUCCAACCCCUUUCAGCAUUGCGCUUGACAUCGCCCCCAAAAACUACGCCUGCACGACCUCCGCUAGUUCCAAAUCCGCCGUUCACUCCUCGAGUUCGUGCUGUGUCCUUGCCGACAUGCCCACUUCGCCCGCGUAGUCCAUCUCUCUCUUCGAGGUCUGACGAGGAUUGCCAGGAUUUAUCACAAGCUUAUGCUGCGCCACCGCCUCCAGCCACCCCCAUUACCGCAGCGCCAACCAUUGCGAUGACUGAUUCUUACCUCACUUAUGCGCACCUUCAUGCACCAGUGCCUAUCUGUGGGAAAGCCAGCGUGGCAAAAGGCAUGUGUGAAAAGGGCAAGGGAGUUGCAAGCCAAGAGGUGGUCUUUGAGCGGAACGGGGAAGAAUUUACUUUGGGUUUGGAGGUGGCAUUAGGUAGGGCAGAAGAGGGGCGUUCAGUGUGGUGAAAAAAGAGAGGCGUUUGAAUGCUGAUGCACAGAGCCAAGACCCGACAGGAAAUGACUACUGACGUUUGCUCUAAUCUUUAUUCGUGUCUAUCAUGCUUUCGCUCGUAUCAGUUUUCGUAUUUUCGCCCUCAUCGUGUAAGUGUGUACUCUCUUCCAUUGUACAUGUGAGCUCAUCGGCGUUUCUUUAAUCUAAAGCAUUUUAGUCACGCUUUUGCCCAUUGGUUAGCGUUAUAAUGGUUUCACCUAGACCGUCAUCAGAUACUCGGAUCGAAUUACCUAGUCAUGUGGUAGUCUCAGCAGGCCUGGAAUUCUAAUUGCUCAAUGGAUCCGUACGGUUUAUCAAAAUUUCGGCUCCUUCGUUCUGAGUUUGGCGUGUUGUGCCCCGCCUUCGUACAUGUGGCAUACAAGUUUCUUGUUCACAACAGACCUCCGCGUUUACGUUAUACUUUGACAUGUCACUCCCUCAGAUUUCAAAAACGAUGACAAGG